AUGCCGGACGUCAAUGAGGUGGCGGCGCAGGUGGAGGAGCGCGUCCAGUCGGUGAAUCCGUUCGUGCGAAGUAACAACUACUCCAAAGCCACGCUCGUCCUAUACAGGAUCAUCACGGUUGUCUCCUGGGUUGUUUUCGUCAUCACCGGGGUCUAUUACACCUUUCAACGACCCCAUGAGGGCAAGUAUGCCCAUCGGACAAUUUGGGGCCAAAACAGCCACUAUGCCACACCCUUCGCCCUCAACUCGAUCAUAACGAGCAUCUACUGGAUUCUCCUCCUCCUCCUCCAAAUCCCCUACCUCACCUCCCUCUACUCCUCCGACGACGCCCGCUCCCGCCCCUCCGCCCACCUCGCCCCCCACUUCACCCUCUCCACCCUCCUCUUCUUCGGCUUCAUCCACCUCUGGACCCGCACCCACCUCAUCUGGGCCCUCAUCCUUCUCGUGGUCAACUUCCUCAACCUCACCUCCGCCUACCUCUCCCUUCCCCCACCCAAACCCCCCCGCAGCGCCGACAAUCCCCUCACGGCCGACGGCGGCGCAUCCCGCCGCGUCCGAGACGCUUUCCGGAGCUUCGUCGGCGGGAACGAGACGCCGACGUUCGAUUAUCGGUUGUUGAUUCACACCGCGGUGUUGGCGGGGCCGCUGGCGUUUAAUUUCGUGGCGCUGUAUUGGAGCGGCGCCGCGGCAGUGAAUGCGCAUACGCUGGCGGCGAGGAUUCUGGCGAAUAUCGCCAUUUGGGGGAUCUUGGUGUAUGGCGUGUUUCAUCUGUAUGCGUUCGGUGACUGGGUUCUUGGAGUUUCCUUGAGCGUGUUGGCAGCUUCGCUCGGCGUCGCCCAGUUCCUCACCCACGUCGUCGCAUUCCAGUGGAUCUUCGCCUUCGUCAUCAUGGGCGUCCUGUUUGUCUUCAGCAUCACGACCGCGGUGCCAAGUUUGAUCACCCGAGGCGCGGCUUCCGAUGACCGAGAGCGAGCGCCACUGCUUCAAGGUGACUCGUGA